AUGGACAACGAGAUACGACAAACCCCGCAAUCGCCGAACUUUGUUAGCAAUGAUUCUGGACACAAUAGGGAUAGCUGGAAAACUGCCCCAAGCUCACCAAAGGAAGACUGUAAAGUCAUGAUUGACGCUAUUACCGAGGAACGCGAAAACUCCACGAGCUACACAAGCAGCUCUGGCAAAUCACCGAACGCAUCUAGACAAGAGUAUAGCGAGAAGUUCGACCAUGCCGAACACAAUUCAGAUAUCGACGGCAUCGACUGGAGACCUGGCUUCAAGCAUCAGUUUCCAUGGAUCGGCUUUGCGGGGCUUAUGGUGAUCCUUGUGGCCACUGCCGGGGCUGUAGCCAUUCUGGUUUCCUCAAACAAGCAGCGAGUCAAAGACUGGCCAUUCACAGAAUUCACCGCCCAACCUAAUGUACUGCUCAACAUUGCGAACCAAGUCCAGAAUUUGGGGCUGAUUACAUUGAUUGGUCAGGGGUUGGCUAUCGCAUGGUGGAGGACAGCCUUGCGCGGAAGCUCACUCCGGAGACUACAUCAGAAUCAUGCGUAUUCUUAUAGCUUCUAUGCGAUUAUCACCUCCGGCAGACACUUCAACAUCAUCGCUCUCGCCGCUCUUAUGACGAAAUUCGCCGUUGUCGACAGUACUCUCUUCCAGAAAGCGACAAAGACCAUCGUAACCCAGCAAAAGGAAUACGCCAACGUCAACAUGACUGCAUGGAUCGAGACAGAUUGGGUAGCGAAAUCUGGUGGGAUUCCCGGAAAAGACGGCUCCAUCAAGACUGUUGAUGCGACAUGGGCUAGUGUACUGAGAGCGUACAAUGGCAAGAUCGCGAAUGGCAAGGUGCACGAUACCCUUAAGGACUACGCGUCUUUCUUCGAUUGUCCUUAUCGACAAGAGUGCAGCGGCGCUGUGGAGGGUCUCGGCUUCAUGUUCGAUUGUACCAGCCAAUACGAGAACGUGGACUAUGGAUUACAACGGUCAGAAGGACCAGAGAACAUCAACACAUCUUACCCGUUGUGGGAUGUCAACUUCACACCGUCUUGGGUGACCGAAACAAAGCCAUACGCCACCAUUACUCUCGAGAUGCUAUAUGUUGACAGUCGAGCUGGAGAGAAUGAGCACUCUUGUCCCGGUACAAAGACUAUACGUACAUGCGACAUUGUGCCCGCCGUCGUCCAGUAUCCCGUCACUGUCAUGAUACCAAGCCAAGAAGAAUUGGAGGGCAAGAACAUUGUCACACAUGUCAAAUUCUUUAACGCAAACGAUUCCAUACCUGUUGGUACCGAUAUCAGUGGUAUCGAACAAAUCGACGGCAUUAAAGUAACCCGCCAUGUCAAUCUCACAGAGCAAUUCAACGAGACUUCUACUGUCGGUGCUCUAGCCUACAUCAUGAACAAUCUCUACAAGUCUCGGGCAGAUCUCAACUACGAAAGUGGAUGGGAGAUCGACUCUCAAGGCGCUUCGGCUCCAACUACAUUUUACGCCGACUCGGAUGAGCCAGAAAAGGAUCGCUGUUGGUACAACAUUGACAAGUCCGGUGAAGUUGAUCCUACCAUCGAAAUCUUGCGCAAACUCAACACCCUAAGUUUUGUAACCGCGUUAUACAUUAAAGGCGCACCUACAACCGACAAAUCUCUACGCGCCGGCCUGGGCAUGGCCAACCAAACAAUUGAGGCGUCUGUCACGGGCAUCGUAGAAGAAUAUCUCACAUCCUUCGCCUACGUCGGCGGCGCCCUCGCAGCAACCUUCGUCACCGUCAUGCUCGUUCUACCCGUAUACUGGGGCUUCUGGCAACUCGGUCGCAAAGUCACCCUUGGUCCACUUGAGAUCUCACAGGCCUUCGGUGCGCCCAUCAUCGCGCCUGACAAGACGAAAGCGUAUCACGGCGACUUCGAUCAGGUGCUUGAGGAUGUUGGGAAGAGGAGAGUACAGUAUGGGCAACUCAAAGAUGCGCCGCCGGGACAGAUGGGGCUUGCGGAGCCGGAGAGGAUCGUGGUGCCGAAGGCUAGUCACCGAUGGCGGGUUAGUGGUCAGAGGGAGAAUAGGAGGAUUGGACUUGGGGCGGUCAUUGGGGGCGUCGUUGCUGCAACCAUUUCGGGGAAUACAAGGAAUUGA